AUGAAAGCAGAGACUUCGCAAACGUCUCUGCCAACAGCUGAAAAUUUAGAAUUGCAGCCACCGCCAUUAAUAUCACAACAAGCAAAUCAUCAACAUCAUCAUCAUCAACAACAACAACAACUGCCUUCUUCUUUACCUUUGAAACGCCAGGCAGAAGACUAUGUUUUUAACUCUGCCUUGGCAGCACAUGGUGGAAGAAGCAAUGGCAUGAAAAACAUCGACAAUAACGCAGAUAAAACAAGUGACGACGGCGCCUCUAAUGGCAUGAAACCGAGCAAGAAAAAGAGUCGCACAAAACCAAAGGGCACUAAGAUCGACCCUGGAGCUCCUCAUGGCAAAAAAACUCUCAGUAGUAGUGGUGAUGGUCGUACUAACAGCAGUACAAAUGCUCCCUUUAUUACCACCAAGGAAACUACAAGCAACAACAAUAACAUUAUUUCUCCUACAAACACCACCACCACAACCACCACCACAACCAAUAUUAACUUUCUUCUUCCUCUACAACCAUCCAUAUACCCUCCUUCAUCUACCACAAAAAUGAGCCAAAACAACGGCUUCGAAAAGACUGAUCCUAGGUCCUCUGCUGACCAGCAAUUACCAUCUACCCAGCAAAACUCUCACCAGUUACCAAUUUCAACCAGUGGAUCUGAUACACCUUCUCUUGUGACAUCUUCUCUUCCACAAUCACAUUCACAAUCACAGCCACAGCCACAGCCACAGUCACAUUCACAAUCACCACCUUUAGCAUCUUCUGGUUCAACAGCCGUCCCAGCAGCAGGUACAUUUGUGUUACCACCUAAACGCCCACGAAGACGAACAGGUUUGCCAGUGCAACCAGUUCCACGGAGCGCGAAACCUCCCGGAGAGCUGUUAACUCCGGACGAAAAAAAGGCCAACCAUAUAGCAUCAGAACAAAAAAGACGGCAGGCUAUCCGCGAAGGAUUUGAUAAGAUUACAGAGAUUGUACCGGACCUUGACAAGAGCCAAGGUCGCAGUGAGGCCACUGUUCUUUUAAAAACUGUCAAGUUUUUGCACAUGCUAAUUGAUGAAAAUACUCAGCUGGCUGAGCUUGCUAAACAGCACCAUAUCGCCAUUCCAUCUGUUGAUAAUUCCAAAGAAUCUGCCAUAGAAGAGGAUGACGAUGACAACGAAGAAACCUCAGGAAUAAAUGAUUCAUUAUCAAAAAGAUGA